AGCCGUUAAAAUUUCCGCCAAUUUGAUGAGCAGUCAGCCCAUCAUUUAGAUUUCCUCUUCUCUCUCUCUCUCUCUCUCUCUCUCUCAUCUUCUUCACUUCUUUCCUACCUUACCAAUUCAACUCAUCCACUUAACUCAAAUUCACGUAAUUCACAAACCCUAGAUUUCUGUUUUGUGGUAACCACAACAUUCAAUAUUGGGAAAUCACCAUGAACAAUUUCAUCCCACAAACUGCAACAUCUUCGUCGACAUCGAGAACGUCACCGGCAACUGUUGCCGGAGGCUCACCGUCAAGCGCGUUUUCUUUCUUCUCUAAAGGCUGGCGAGAAGUAAGGGAUUCAGCAGAUGCAGAUUUUAGGUUGAUGAAAGAUAGGGCUAAUUCUUUCAAGAAUUUAGCGUCUUCUUUUGAUAGGGAGCUUGAGAAUUUUAUUAAUUCUGCUUCUCCGUUUUCAGUUCCGGUGAAUAGAUCGAAUUCUCCUGUGGAAAUUGAUUUGGUGAAGAGGAUACAACCCAAGUUAUCUGAGUUUCGGAGAGCGUAUUCGACGCCGGAUUUUAGUCGGAAGGUUUUGGAAAAAUGGGGUCGACCAACGAGGCCGAGUAUACGAAUUGAUUUAUCAGCGUUUAAGAAUGCUAUUGUUGAGGAGGUGGAGAUUGAAGGAGGUGAAAGAGUGAGGGUUGGGAAUAAUGGAAGAGAGAGGACUACGUUUAGGGAUUUUCGAUGGGAUUGGAAAGCUGAAGGAGAAGAAGGAGAAGAAGGUUUUAAAGAUUGGGAACCACUUAGGGUUUUAAAGACUAAAUUGAAAGAUUUUGAAGUGCAGAAAUCUCCCGAUGAGAUUUUUGGUGCCUGGAAGAAUAGUGAGCUUGUGGAGAAACUAAAGUCUAGCUUGAAAGCAUUUCAGUGGGAGUCCCAGGAUAACAAGGAAGUACCACCAUUGGAUGUACCUGAACUCCUGGCACAUUUUGUUAGGCAGUCUGAACCCUUUUUGGAUCAACUUGGUGUUAGAAAAGAGAUAUGUGACAAGAUAGUGGAUAGUUUGUGUAGUAAGCGUAAGAACCAGCUUCUCAUGCACUCCAUAUCCAGUGGAGAAUCUUCUGUGAUAGAGGGGGAUAAUAUUAGUGAUGAACUUGAUUUAAGGGUAGCUAGCGUUCUUCAGAGUACUGGACAUCAUUAUGAUGGUGGUUUUUGGUCGGACUUUGUAAAACGUAACCCAUCCGACAAGAAGCGGCAUGUUGCCAUUGUCACCACUGCUAGUCUUCCUUGGAUGACGGGAACAGCAGUGAAUCCAUUGUUUCGUGCAGCAUAUUUAUCCAAGUCUGAAAAGCAGAAGGUUACUCUAUUGGUUCCCUGGCUUUGCAAAUCUGACCAAGAACUAGUUUAUCCAAACAAGCUCAUAUUCAAAUCCCCAGAAGAACAGGAGCUUUAUAUUCGAAAUUGGCUGGAGGAAAGGGUUGGUUUCAAAGCCGAUUUUAAAAUAUCCUUUUACCCUGGAAAGUUUUCGAAAUCCAGGCGGAGCAUAAUUCCGACAGGUGAUACUUCUCAGUUCAUCUCUUCAAAGGAAGCUGACAUUGCUAUCCUUGAAGAACCAGAGCAUUUGAAUUGGUAUCACCAUGGUAAACGAUGGACUGAUAAAUUCAAUCAUGUUGUUGGUGUCGUACACACUAAUUAUCUCGAGUAUAUAAAGAGGGAGAAGAAUGGGGCUAUGCAAGCUUUUUUUGUGAAGCAUAUUAAUAACCUUGUGGCUAGGGCGCAUUGUGACAAGGUUCUUCGGCUUUCAGCUGCCACUCAAGAUCUUCCAAAGUCAAUUGUAUGUAAUGUACAUGGCGUUAAUCCAAAAUUCCUAGAAAUUGGAGAUAAGCUGGCUUCUGAAAGGGACUCUGGGGAACAAGCCUUCUCCAAGGGAGCUUAUUUCUUGGGCAAGAUGGUUUGGGCAAAGGGAUACCGUGAACUGAUAGAUUUGCUGUCAAAGCACAAGAAUGAGCUCAAUAUCCUUAAAUUGGAUGUGUUUGGUAAUGGAGAGGAUGCAAAUGAGGUGCAGAGCACUGCAAAAAAGUUGAAUCUCAAUCUCAACUUUCACAAGGGCAGAGACCAUGCUGAUGAUUCUCUCCAUGGAUACAAGGUUUUCAUGAAUCCCAGUGUGAGUGACGUGCUUUGCACAGCUACUGCCGAAGCACUUGCGAUGGGCAAGUUUGUAGUUUGCGCAGACCAUCCAUCCAAUGAGUUCUUUAGGUCAUUCCCUAAUUGUUUGACUUACAAUACAUCCGAGGACUUUGUUGCCCGGGUGAAGGAAGCAUUGGAGAAGGAGCCGGAGCCGCUUACCCCAGAGCAACGAUACAAGCUUUCAUGGGAAGCAGCCACUGAAAGGUUUAUGGAACAUUCUGAUCUUGAAAAAGUGCUGAAUAUGGAUCAAAGCGGCCUCAAAUCCAACAAAAGCACCGUGACAAAAUCAGUUUCAUUGCCAAAUUUGUCCGAUAUGGUUGAUGGAGGGUUGGCAUUUACUCACUAUUGUUUCACAGGGAGUGAGAUUUUAAGACUUGCAACUGGAGCGAUUCCAGGGUCUCGGAACUAUAACAAGCAGCAUAGUAAGGACAUGAAUCUAUUACCUCCACAGGUGGAGGACCCUGUCUAUGGUUGGUAAAGAGGUCAGUCAGGGAGCCAUUCUUAUAUAUACUGUACAGUAGAUAUCUUAUUAGUUCCCACUCAUGAAUUCUCUUAUAAUCUUGGUGACUUGGUGUGUUAUGGUAGGAGAAUCUGAUGUCAGUAUAUAAUACUCUCUCUCUCUCUCUCUCUCUCUCUCUCUCUCUCUCUCUC